GGUGUGUAGUGAAAUCUGAUUUCAUGCCUGAGUGUUUCAGGGAAGUGGAAAUGAAAGGAGUGCAGAUUUUACAUGGAAUUGAAGAAGUGGAAUGUGUAGGCAAGAGCAGUUUCUUUGGUGGAGUCCACCGAGAGAAGGAGCUAAAAGGAGAGCUGUUGCCUGGCCGGCCAGUGUGGCUUAGAGGUUGAGUGUUGACCCAGGAACCAAGAGGUCACCGGGUUCGAUUCUCAGUUGGGGCACAUUCCCAGAUUAUGGGCUCGAGUCCCAGUAGGGGGUGUGCAGCAGGUAGCUGAUGGAUGAUGUUUCUCUCUCAUCGGUGUUUCUAUUUCUCUAUCCCUCUCCCUUCCUCUCUCUCUAAAAAUCAAUAAAGAAAAAUAAAGGAAAAAUUUUGUAGUUACAUCAAUAUUGAGUAAAUUUGUUGGUAUAUCAAAUUUUACUUUCCCGGUUUUAUUGGAAUGUCAAUUCACAUUUACAAAUGUUGAGGUAGUUUAAGAACCUAAAGUGAGGCUUAAAUAGUAUUGAAUUAAAUUGCAGUUAAUUGUAUCCAAAUUCUAGGAAAAAUAAAUGAUGCUGGAAGUUGAAAAAAAAAAAAGAAAAUAAAAAUAAAGGAGAGCUAUUGUUGAGAGUUGAGGAGAUGAUAGCAGAGGUAAUCCACAGGCAAUGAGAAAGUGGACUUCAAUGUUCCUAUGAAGAACAACCAGAUAACAAACAAUCAGAGAAUCAAGGCUGCCAUCCCAAGUAUAAAAUUCUGCUUGGACAAUGGAGCCAAGUCAGUUGUUCUUAUGAGCCACCUGGGUCGGCCUGAUGGUGUCCCCAUGCCUGACAAGUACUCUUUGGAGCCAGUUGCUGUAGAACUCAAAUCUCUGCUGGGCAAGGAUGUUUUAUUCUUGAAGGAUUGCGUGGGGCCUGAAGUGGAGAAAGCUUGUGCUGCCCCAGCUGCUGGGUCUGUCAUCCUGUUGGAGAACCUUCGGUUUCAUGUGGAAGAAGAAGGGAAGGGAAAAGAUGCUUCUGGGAACAAGGUUAAAGCAGAUCCAGCUAAAGUAGAAGCCUUCCGAGCUUCACUUUCCAAGCUAGGGGAUGUCUAUGUCAAUGAUGCUUUUGGCACUGCUCACCGAGCUCACAGCUCUAUGGUUGGUGUCAAUCUGCCACAGAAAGCUGGAGGUUUUUUGAUGAAGAAGGAGCUGAACUACUUUGCCAAGGCAUUGGAAAGCCCAGAGCGACCCUUCCUGGCCAUCCUGGGCGGAGCUAAAGUUGCAGACAAGAUCCAGCUGAUUAAUAAUAUGCUGGACAAAGUCAAUGAGAUGAUUAUCGGUGGUGGAAUGGCUUUUACCUUCCUUAAGGUGCUCAACAACAUGGAGAUUGGCACUUCUCUGUUUGAUGAAGAGGGAGCCAAGAUUGUCAAAGACCUGAUGUCCAAAGCUGAGAAGAAUGGUGUGAAGAUUACCUUGCCGGUUGACUUUAUCACUGCUGACAAGUUUGAUGAGAAUGCCAAGACUGGCCAAGCCACUGUGGCUUCUGGCAUACCUGUUGGCUGGAUGGGCUUGGACUGUGGUCCUGAGAGCAGCAAGAAGUACGCUGAGGCUGUCACUAGGGCUAAGCAGAUUGUGUGGAAUGGACCUGUGGGCGUAUUUGAAUGGGAAGCUUUUGCCCAAGGGACCAAAGCCCUCAUGGAUGAGGUGGUGAAAGCCACUUCCAGGGGCUGCAUCACCAUCAUAGGUGGUGGAGACACUGCCACUUGCUGUGCCAAAUGGAACACAGAGGAUAAAGUCAGCCAUGUGAGCACUGGGGGUGGUGCCAGUUUAGAGCUCCUGGAAGGUAAAGUCCUUCCUGGGGUGGAUGCUCUCAGCAAUGUUUAAUAUUUUUCCUGCCUUUUGGUUCCUGUGCACAUCCCCUUAGUGAACUUAGUGCUUUCCACAUCUCUACUUGAUAUUAGCUAAAAUCUUCCCCCAUGUCAAGAUUCAGCUAAUGGCCAAGAGAUGCAGCCCAGGAACACUUAAACGGUUGCACAACAUCUCAGCUCAACUUUACUGCACCCUGGACUUGCUUCCAUUCUUCAGGAUCCCCUUUGAAUUUCUUAGUGACUAAACCAUUAUGCAUUCUACAGUGCAUAUAUUUAUAUUUUGUCUGUUAAAAAAGUAAGCUGUUAGCUUAAUUCUCUUCUUGGAGUAGCUUAUUCUGAUUAGCUUUGUCAUUGUUUUGCUACUCGCAUGAAAACCAGGUGAAAUUCCAGUUGUAGGGAGAGAGGGAGACAAAGUUGGUCAUCUGUUAAAUAAAAGUAUUCAUUGAAACUGGGA